AUGGGACACCCAACAUGGGACAUGAUCGGCGGCGGCAAGUUGAUGGCUGAUUUCUUUGUUAUCCUUUGUUGUGGUCAGUGGUUUCGCAUCCUUCUCGAUCCCUUGCCACAAGGCAAUAAAUCGCAAAAGAGCAAACACCACCCUGUGCUCCGCCUUCCAUGCACAUGUAUUCUUCUCCGGACCCCGAACCAAAGGCUUCUUCAGGUCCUUAUCAAGGGCACCAUUAUUGAUGGCAAGUCAAUUGCAGAGGACAUAAAGUUACAGAUUGCUGAAGAAUUUCGUCGAAUGAAAAAGGAAGUUGCACAUGUUCCUGGAUUAGCUAUUGUGUUGGUAGGCGAUAGAGGGGACUCUCAAUCCCAUGUGCGAUUUAUAGUGAAGGGUUGCGAGGAAGUCGGGAUAAAAUCUUUGUUGUCGGAGUUGCCUCAGAACUGCACAAAAGACGAGGUGGUGGAUUCAACAUCAAGAUUGAAUGGAGAUCCAUCUGUUCAUGGCAUCCUUCUGCGGCUACCACUACCACAAGCAGAGAAUUGUUUUGAUGAAUUUUUUGAAUAA